UUUCUAGUUUCAUAACUUUAAAUUGUUAACAAAAAAAUAUUUUUUUUCGACUGCUGAAAAUAAUAAUUUGUAGUAAAUUUUAAUUUCUUUUAGAAAUGUUGAAGUACAUAAUAGUGUUACGAUAGUAUUUAAAUAAAAUAGACAUUUUUGACUCUGUGCGUAAUCAAAUAUUAAAAACUGUCUCAUAAAAUAACUAAUUGUUACAUAUUUCUUUAUACGUCCCAAAAUCUAAGAAAAAUAAUUAUUGUUUCAUAAAAUUUUCAAAUAAUGAAGUCAUCAUUUCUUGUGUAUGAUUUUAUUAACCUUGAUUUCUCUUGAUGAAUGAUGAUGUACAAUGUUUGUUUCAUUUUAUUUGAGAUUUCUUGUUUUUUGUAUUAUCUUUGAUUUGAUAUCCAUUUCUUUUGCUAAAAAAUUCAAUCCCAAAGAUCUUCCAGUUGUGAUUUGGUGGAGCGAUUUAUUAUAUCCUUAUGAAGCAAAAGAAAAAGAAAUCCAUUGCUCUAAAAGUAAUAAAUGUGUAUCCAGCUUUAAAAGAACUUAUAAUAAUGAUGAAAUACCUGUAGCAUAUUUAUUCUAUGGAACUGACUUCAAAGGGGACAAUUUACCUUUACCUCGUAAAUCAAAUCACCUAUGGGCACUUCUACACGAAGAAUCACCAUUGAAUAAUUUCUUAUUUUCCCAUUCCUCGGGUAUUAAACUCUUCAACUUCACUGCUACAUUUUCUCGACACUCAGACUUUCCACUCACCACACAGCAUUUGCCAAGCUUAGAUUACUUAAUGCGCAAACCUGUUCCAUUAGAAAUUAAGAAUGAAUAUCGUAAAAACGGUACCGCUCCUGUACUGUAUUUACAGUCACACUGCAAUGUGCCUUCUGAUAGGGAUCGUUAUGUUAAACAAUUGAUGGAAUUUAUUGAUGUUGAUUCAUAUGGUGAGUGUUUGCAUAAUAAAGAUCUUCCAACUCAUCUAUUAUCCACAGAUACUCAUAAUGAUGAAAGCUUGUUUCACUUUAUAUCAAAAUACAAGUUUCAUUUAGCAUUUGAAAAUGCUAUAUGUGAGGAUUAUAUUACAGAAAAGUUUUUUAGAGCCCUGCAUGUCGGAUCAGUCCCCAUCUACAGGGGAUCUCGAUCCAUUGAGGAUUGGUUACCGAGUCCUGUGUCUGCAAUCAUAGUGGACAACUUCAAAGACCCUCAAGAUCUUGCAAUGCAUAUUUCGAGGCUUGAUGAAAAUGACAUCCUCUAUGAAGAAUGUUUAAAUUUUAAGAAGGAUAUAAAAAAUAUUUUUUUAAAGCAAACUAUGGAAAAAAGAACAUGGGGUGUCAAUGAUCCCAAUGAAUUGGAUUUUCUAAGAGGGUAUGAAUGUCAUUUGUGCAAUAAAUUGUGGUCAGAUGAUCUGCAGAAGAAUUCUGUUGCUAACAAAAGUCAUAUGAAUUGCCCUCAGCCUCACACUUCACUGGACAUAGAUAUCAAAAAAUCAAUAAAAACUGACCAGUGGCUUUUAGAAGAAUGGGCUGAAACGUAUUGGUUUGCAUUGGAUCAAGCUAAAGCAAUAGAACAGAUGAUUCAGAAUAAUGAAAAUGAUACAUCUAAGUUUUGGAAUUAUAUAUCAAUGAAUAAAUAUAACUAAAUGUAUGUUUA